CGAUCCUGUCAAAAACUCGAAAUGUGUCACAUCUUCGUCUCUUCCAGACAUUCGCCAUGAAUGGACCUGAAAAAAUAUUUCGGACCGUCUUUGGCUACCAGGCAAGGAAGAGCUCUGUUUGUUAUAAUAAUAUCCGUGGGACUGGGUAGACAAAUAAUUAUAAUAGUUUCUCAACAUUUCUUGGAUAGCCCCAAUUCUUUCACGAAGUGUGUAAGACGUUUUCCUGUCACUAAUCUGGGUAGUGUUGCAUUAAUGACAGCUACGCUACACUUUUCAUAAUGAGCGGAGUGUGUGGAAAAAUAGGCAGUACUUUGUUCGAAUAUGAGACACUGAAAGUAGUUCAUAUCCGCAGCAAGAAGGUCGGAUUCAUAAAUCGCCUCAUUCAACUGGUGGUGAUAUGUUACGUGAUAGGGUAUGCCAUAGUGUACGAGAAAGGCUACCAGGAUACUGACCUGGUGACGAGUGGCGUGACGGCCAAACUCAAGGGUGUUGCCUACACGGACCUCAACUCAGAUCCGGCCAUCGGAGAGCGCAUUUGGGAUAUGGCUGACUACCACAUUCCACCACAGCAAUCUAGCGCUUUCUACGUGAUGACAAAUAUGCACGUGACACCUUUCCAGAAGAAUGGCACCUGUGCUGAGAAACCCAGCAUAAAGAGUUGUACGAAUGGCAAUGACUGUGCUGCGGGUGAACUGGUUCCCAAUGGAGAUGGGCGUAUGACUGGCAACUGUGUACAGUACAAUAACACGGAACCAGUCGGCCGAAUGUCCUGUCAGAUCAUGGGCUGGUGUCCUGUGGAAGAUGAAGAUCCAACAAAGAGCCGUGCAGCUGUAUUAGAACAGGAUGCUCGUAACUUCACCGUCUUCAUCAAGAACAGCAUUGAGUUCAAGAAAUUCACCUACAAGGCGCGAAACAUCAACGAUGACGUCAAUAAUAGAACUUACCUGGAGAAGUGUAAUUACCAUCCCGACACGGACGCCUUCUGUCCUAUAUUUCGCCUGGAAGAUAUUUUCCGCUACGCAGGCAUUCUUGAGCAGUGGCCACAGGCAACAAAAGAUGGUGCAGUCAUGGCGAUAGACAUCAUAUGGAAUUGUAAUCUUGACUCAUUGCAGUUCAAAUGUGCACCUGAGUACAAAUUUCGACGUGUGGAUAACCCAGCUGUAAAGCUAUCACCAGGAUUCAAUUUCAGGUUUGGGAAGUACUACAAGCUGCAGGAAGACGGUCAGGUGGUGCAGUACCGUGAUCUCACCAAGUCCUAUGGUGUUCUUUUCCUGAUCAAUGUGGAGGGAGAGGCAGGCAAGUUCAGUCCGGUACCGCUCUUCAUAAACCUCGGCACUGGUCUCGCCCUGCUCUCUGUUGCCACGGUACUGUGUGACUUCAUCACUCUGAACCUGCUGAAGAAGCGCACCUUCUACAGAGAAAAGAAGUAUGAAGACGUGGAUGUUGACGACGGAUUUACAAUUCUGAAACGUUCCCAUGACGACAGUACAUCUAUUGGGUAGAGCCAGUUCACAGCCUGCUGCCUAUUGUGUUCCUGUCAGCGGUUUUAUACACUGGUCAACUCUGCAACACGUUAGUACUGUGUAUAUGCCCUCUGUACUACUACUUCUUGUGCAAUUCCUUGAAUGGUGAACAACGUGAGAAACAGCACGGCACUAGAUUGCCUUGCUGUGCAUGGAGUAAGACUCAAAUACAGUGCAUCUAAUGUCGAAAUGCACACACACACACACACACACACACACACACACACACACACACACACACACACACAUACACACACACACACACAUACACACACACACACACACACACACACACAAAUGAACAUUCACAUGAACACGAUCAAGUGCAGCCAUGCACAUACACUAUACACACCCUCAUGCACAGGCACGCAAGCAUAAACAAUAGAACAAGUCACAUCUCGCAAACAACAUUUAGCGCAAAUUAUACACACACACGCACGCACAGAGUAUGGUUUCAGCAGUACACAGCACAGCGUGUCAGUACAGGGAAAUUUACUAUUGUUUUACAAAUUUCAACGGAUCAGUCUUUUUUUCUUUUUUUUUAGUUUUACAAUUUUUUUAGUUUUCCACUCAGCAUGAAUAUUUGCUGUUUUGGACUUGAAUAUCUUGCCAGUGUGUCAUCCAUUGUAAGUUGUAACUGCCACUCUGCUGACUGGCCGGUUUUCAUUGUUCGUCAAAUUUACUUCUGUCAUGCUGCUCCGAAACCUUUUUACGCCAGAUGUUUUAUUUUACUAGUAUUUUCACCCCCACUAUAGCCGGAGGUAUCUUAGUGUCGUCCGUUGCACUAGCAAUUCUGCUAGUUUACAAUGUUCCCCAUUAGAUCUAUACCAUUAGGCCGAAUGGCACAUAUUUCCUUGUAGAGGACAUGCACAAGCUCAGUAGGAUUACUUUGUGUUAGGGUGACUUUCACUCACAUUUAGGUUUUUUUAGAUGCGCUUUAUACAGGCCCCAUCUGUUCGUGAUUUUAGAAAUUAAAUUUUAUUUUUAUAUUAUAUGGGAUUCUGCAAAGACAGCUCCCGAAGGUCAGGAGAUCGGAUCAUCAGAUCGAAUAGAUUAUUGCUCUGUAGUGCUCACUUGCUCAGGCAGUGAGUGUUGUUCUGCUUUUUUUUCUCGAGCGGCAUAUUGCGGUCAAACUAAGUUAUUUUGUUCUUUGUGCUAUGUGUGGCACUCUAUAUUUUCUAUGCUCUUUUUGAAGUCCUUUUGAAUCUUACAGCAAUUAUUGAUGUUCCUUGCCGUUGUUACACAAACACUACAGUCUACAUACAAGUACAAGUACUUCUACAUGAUGUACUGUGUGUUCUCUAACAGUGCUACGUGUAUUUAUCACUCCCUUAGUAUUGACUCACAUAGAUUUUUGCCAUACCUAAGCAGUCACAUAGUCCUGCAUAUUUCACUCCUUAGGGCUAUAUUGACCGCUUAUAUUUGACUCCUUUUUAGCGAUUGAA